AUGGCCGAAACCGAGGCGCGUCAGUGGACAAUCGUCCUAAUCCUAACCGCACUCAUCCUUUCCUUGGUCGUCGUCUCCCAGAUUUUGACAACAUAUAUCACUGCCUACCGUGCCGCUCCCAACGAAAUUGCCUCAUUCAUCGAUGCCGUUGACUUCUCAGUCGAGGAGAACGAGAGCUACGACCGCGACGUCGCCAAAGUCCAGCGCCUCGAUGACAAGCUCCGCCUCGGUCGCCUGCUCCGCGAGAUUCAGAAGGGUGGCGACGAUCUGCGAGAGGAGAUCAACUCCAUGCUCCUCUCUGACGACACCACCACCAUGCGCAUAAGCCCCCGUCUUCUCUGGGCCAGCAAGCGCCGCGAUCUCGAAGAGCGCGUUCGCCGGCUGGAUCUCGUGAGAAUGCGUUUUCUCGUUGUAUACAUGGGUGUGGUUGCGGAGCGGGCGAGUCCUAUAGCGGAACGACAUAUGCCUGUGACAACACCCCAAAGGGUUUCAGAGAAGGCGCCACUGUCUCCGUCCUCCACGCCGCCGAUGGCCGCUCUGAACGAGAGUUUGACGCGCGCGCUGACCGAAGAGAUCCGCGAGCGGCCGCCACUGAGGAGGCUAACCACUCAGGCCAUUGGCCAUCGCGAAGUUACGGGAACAGGGCACAAACUUGGGUGGGCAGGGGUGGUCCAGGAGUUGCAAAAGAGUCCACGGAUGCAUAAACGGCGAUCGUCUAUCGAAAGGUCCAUCGAGCAGGAGCUGGCCAAUGCCAAGCUGACAAUCUGA